AUGGCACCAUAUGGAGAAUUAAGUACAGAUAGCUUUCUGUUUGAUGUGGUGACCUUCGCAGCUCUUCUACUCCAACUUCGUUUGAUUAGCAGUUGGCACUUUCAACGGACCGUCAUUGAUAUAAGAGCUGAUCGAAUUGUAUGUUACAGAGGUGUGGUUCUUCAAACACAGUUAAUUUACAAAGCGAUGACCUAUCAUCAGCAACAAGAUCGCCGUCGCUUGGCGAAAAUAAAACGUACAGUAGGAGCAGUAGUGAAGCUCAAUCUACCCUUUGGGGAAUGGUUUGUUGAGUCAAUACGUGGAUGGAACGAGAAUUUAUUGCAUACGGUGGAUUCGGCAAAGGGAAAUAUGAAGGAAACAACGUUUGACAGUCAUUCGUAA